GUAUGAGUAUGAGCAGGAGACAGUUAGGGGCACAGCUAGGACGUGGUUGGAACUUCGAGUAGAUUGAACAGAUAUGAAGAGUUUUUGGAACACAAGAAAUACAGUAUUCUGUAUGGUGUAGGUAAGAAAAUACGGUAUGAAAUUGAGGUUGUAAUCUUUUAUUGUAAGAUAAACAUAAUAUCAAACAUCAUCAUGAAACUAGUAAGAUUUUUAAUGAAACUCAGUCAUGAGACUGUAACAAUAGAAUUGAAGAAUGGUACUCAAGUACAUGGUACUAUUACCGGAGUAGAUGUGGCAAUGAAUACGCAUUUAAAGACUGUAAAAAUGACAAUAAAGAAUAGGGAUCCUGUACAAUUAGAUACAUUAAGUUUACGAGGCAAUAAUAUAAGGUAUUAUAUAUUACCAGAUUCAUUACCACUUGAGACUUUGCUCAUAGACGACACACCAAAAGCAAAAGCAAAAAAGAAGGAGGCUGCACGAGGAGCAGUACGUGGUCGGGGGCGUGGUGGACGUGGUACGAGAGGAGGUCGAGGUGGACGAGGACGAGGACGGGGUAGACGAUAGUUAUGUACAUUAUUAUAUGUUUCAUUGAAAUAAUUAAUUCAACCUUUUGCACCUUAAAAAAUACUGACGCAAUGUAUUAUAUAAUACGAAAAUAAAUUGUAAUGUUUUCGGGACUUA